UUGAUGGAAAACUUCACGUUGAACAGCGACACCCUGCAGCUGGAGGGGUUAAAGGUCACCCAGGUUUCUGUCUACCCUUUCUUCCUUUUCUUCCUCCUCUCCUACAUCCUCAUCAUCUUAGCAAACCUCGGCAUCCUGGUGCUGAUUUUCAUAGAUAAGAACCUUCACCAGCCCAUGUACCUGCUCUUCUGUAACCUGCCCGUCAAUGACAUCGUGGGAAACUCCAUCAUGUUGCCCCGGCUGCUGUCGGACAUCCUGCGUCCGCCCUCCGAGCGCCUCAUCAGCUACUACGAGUGUGUGCUGCAGGCGUUCACCACGCACAUCUACGGCACCACCUCUCACACCAUCCUGAUGAUCAUGGCCUUUGACAGAUACGUGGCCAUCUGUAAUCCUCUGCGUUACGCCGCCAUCAUGACCAGCAACAUGGUGGUCAAGCUGACUGUGUCUGCCUGGGGCGUGGCCUUUGUUCUGGUGGGGAUUCUGCUGGGUUUGACCAUAAGACUGAACCGAUGCAGGACUCUGAUCACGAACCCGUUCUGUGACAACGCCUCGCUGUUCAAACUCUCCUGUGAGAGUGUGUUUAUUAAUAACAUCUACGGCCUCACGUUCACCGUGGUCCUGUUCUCAGCUUCUAUCGGCAGCAUAGUUCUCACCUACGCUAAGAUCACAGUCGUGUGUGUGACCAGUAAGAACCAGUCUCUGAACAGUAAGGCCCUGAAGACCUGCAGCACUCACCUGUGUCUGUACCUGAUCAUGUUGUGUAGUGGAAUGAUUGUAAUUACUCUGCAUCGCUUCCCUCAGUACUCGGACUACAGGAAGCUGUCGGCCAUUCUGUUCCACGUCAUCCCCGGCAGCUUGAACCCGCUCAUCUACGGAAUCCAGUCCAGAGAGAUACGAACGUUUCUGUCUAAACUGAUUCACUCCAGAAAAGUCUCAUAA